GCAAACCAAUGAAAACGGUCCGACAAUGUGAGUGAACCAAUCGCAAUGGGGAUAGUUGGGAGGCGGAGACGCCAUUUUAGUCCGUAUUGCAACGUCGGACAAACGAUAGCACGUUAUUUUUGAGGUCAAGAAAGAGUUCUUUUACUCCCUUUCGCUUCCAGCACGAAAGUGUACCACGGAAAUCACCAGUGUUAAGCAAGUUAACUAUUUCUGUUGAGCUGAACCGUUCGACUGUUCGAUAGCUGGUCGGCAGGUGGCGCACAGCGGAAGUAGUCGGAUUAACCGUCUUCAGUUUUACUUAAGACGCAACAAAGGAAAUUAAAGUAAGAAUGUGAUUCUAUGUUGUAGAGCCUAUAGCCUGCUUAUCGCUACUAAAUAUCACAUAUUAAAAGAGUCGUUAAAUUCAGUAUUUGUGCUUUUAUUGUCCGAAAAACGUUCCAACGGUUAUGUUCGUAAAUGCCUUAUUUUGAAAAUCUGGCCACCGGAAGCAUUAUAUAUCAGUCGGACUUGCUUGACAAGCAGUCACACAGGCACAUCAGCUGUACGAGUGAGGAGAGCACUGACCCGAUUUACUGUACGGGGGACAACAACAGCGACGACACAACACAUCACGGCGACCGACUGAAGUGAAAGCCUGUGCCAUUUUCUGUUACUCUGGCAGAGGGAACCGUGCGUGGGACUUGGUGUCAUUACAGAGAAAGCUCCACCGACCUGUCUGCCUAGAAGGCAAUACAACUAUUGACUGCUGCAGCUGAGAGAGAGAGGAAGAGGAGGAAGAAACAGCCAAAGAGAGAGGGAGGGAGAACUUAUCCUUUCUCAGAUAUAAGGGGGGGUUUGAUCACAGAGAUCAUUGUUCUGCAGGAGCCUCUCAAGGGAAAAGUAGCCAUUGAAAAGUCUGUAAUGGCUGAGCUGUCAUCAGCCCAGGUGACCGAGUGCACCUGAGCGUUACUGCUGCUGCACACAUUCAGAGUCACCACCAGCCGCUGGGCAUUUUACUGCGCAGUAUAAAAGAAUAAAAAAAAUCACAUUGCUGCGACCUCGGCAAGGAGGAAAAAACGUGACUGAAUCCCUCACAUUUCUUUGUCUGGAUUAUUUUCACCUGGAGAUUUUUAAAAUUAGAUUUUGGUGCCUUACCUGGGAGAGAAAAACAAAUGCAGGAGGACAAAUGACUGUUUGUGGAUUUGGGACUGUCUGAGCUGAGCUGCUUAGGCUCAAGCAUCCACGUGCAGGAAUGCAGAUUCACAUAUGGAAGCAGGCCAUACAGCAUAGUGUUUGAGCAGCUAAGCCUGUGAAAGCCCCAGAGGCGGCCAUGUUGGAUCUCUUCCUCAGAGUGCUGGUGUUGACCCGUCUUCACCCGUCACCUCACAGCACCUCGCUGCCAACCUAAGUCCCUGCUCCCUCUCUCUCUUCCUGCAUAUCUUUCUUCCACCGCCUGGCCAGGAGAAAGGUCUUUGGUCUUUGAGGAAAAUGUCCUAUGCACACCACAAGCUGCUCACCUGGAGCUUACCUCAUCUCCUCCUCCUACCGCUGACCUACCUCUGGCUCUUGGCUCCCACCACAGGUGUGUCAGCAGAUCUCUGCCGGGUGACCGGCGGGGUGCUGGGGAUCCACUGGCCCAGUGUCAUCAGCCUGGGCUGGAGCCCUCUGGCAGAGGGGAGAGGUGGGGCGACGUGCUGGGAGGCCUGCUGCUUAAAACCGAACUGCAAUGCCGUGUGGAGCAUUGGCGGGCGUUGCGUGCUUCUCAGCUGCUCCCAGAAGAGGGGCUGCCCCAUCUCUUUCCUGCCCCAGCCUUACCAGGAGUCCCUUGGCCUCCUUCAGCUGCUCUCUAAGGGUCCCAUCACAGCAAGACGUAGAAAGGUCCGUCAUGCACCACAUAAAGGUGUGCAGUACACAGGAUUCCCUACCAGCACGGGAAGUCCCAAACUGGAAACAGCCCAUCCAACUCCAACAGCACCCAGCACCAUCACACUUCUUCAGACAGCUGAAAAGAACCUUAGUGAGUUAACCAACGGAAGUUCAGACACCGCUCCAGCUCCGUCACAACAAAGCUUGACGGUGGGCGACACUGUUGAUACUCCUGCGUCUUCCAAUAGCAGUGAUGUCAGCUCAGCCACAGCGACUGAAGCUGCUAUCAUCACGACUCCAACACAGGCUGUGAGGGAGCUGGUGGUGUCAGCAGGGAAGAGCGUGGAGGUUACUCUGCCCCGCAACGAGGUGGAACUCAACGCCUUUGUGGUCCCAACACCCCCGCCAGGGGAAACCUAUGCAUUUGAUUGGCGUCUGAUAACACAUCCCAAAGAUUACAGUGGAGAGAUGGAAGGAAAGCACAGCACGACACUUAAACUCAGCAAGCUGACUGUGGGCCUCUAUGAGUUUGAGGUGAUAGUGGAUGGGGAGGGGGCUCAUGGAGAAGGAUACGUCAACGUUACCGUCAAACCAGAGCCACGGGUAAACAAGCCUCCUGUUGCCAUAGUUUCCCCAAAGUUCCAGGAGAUCUCCUUGCCAACCAGCUCUACGGUGAUAGACGGCAGCCAGAGCACUGAUGAUGACAAGGUGGUGGCAUGGCACUGGGAAGAGGUCAAAGGUCCCCUGAGGGAGGAGAAGGUUUCUGCCGACACCCCCGUCCUCACCCUCAACAGGCUGGUGCCUGGGAACUACACAUUCAGUUUGACAGUGACAGACUCAGAUGGAGCCACAAACUCGACGCAGGCCACUCUCUCUGUCAACAAAGCCAAGGACUACAGACCUGUGGCCAACGCCGGGCCAAACGAGGUCAUCCAGUUGCCACGCAACUCCAUCACUCUGUACGGUAACGAAAGCACCGAUGAUCAUGAUUCCCUGUCUUAUGAGUGGUCCCUCAGCCCUGAGAGCAAAGACAAAGUGGUGGAGAUGCAGCGGACACCGAUCCUGCAGCUGUCUGCCAUGCAGGAGGGAGACUACACCUUUCAGCUGACUGUGACAGACUCAGCUGGACAGCAGGACACCGCCCAGGUCACCGUCAUUGUGCAGCCAGAAAACAAUAAACCACCAGUAGCAGACGCAGGACCAGAGAAAGAGCUGACGCUGCCGGUUGACCGAACCACACUGGACGGCAGCAAGAGCAGCGAUGACCAGAAGAUCGCCACUUAUCACUGGAAACAAACCAGUGGUCCUGCUGAUGUGAAGAUUGAGAACGCGGACAGUGCUGUUGCCACGGUGACAGGUCUCGAAGUCGGCCGGUACGAGUUCACCCUGACCGUGACUGAUGAGCGGAAGCUGCAGAGCACCGACACUGUUGCAGUCAUCGUCAGAGAAGAACUGGACCAGCCGCCAGUGGCUCGUGUAGUGUCGAGUUCGCCCAUCUCUCUGCCCGUCAGGACCGCCACUCUGGAUGGAUCUCACUCAACUGAUGACAAAGGUGGAGUCAGCUACCUGUGGACCAGGGAUGACAGCAGCCCGGCCGCCGGGGAUGUACUGAACAACUCUGACCACCAGGCAGUGCUGUUUCUGGGAAACCUGGUGGAGGGGAAGUACAGCUUCAGCCUCACUGUAACUGACAGUAAAGGGCAGACCAGCACCAACAGGGGCACUGUGGAGGUCAAACCAGACAUAUGGGAACGUGACCUGGUGGAGCUGAUGCUGGAGGUCUCUGUAUCCCAGGUCACCCACCGUCAGCGCGACAUGCUGCUGCGCCAGGUCGGGGUUUUACUGGGCGUGCUCGACAGCGACAUCAUUGUGCGAGAGAUCAGUGCCUUUAAUGAGCACAGUACUCGUUUGGUCUUCCUGGUGUCAGGUGGUCCGGGGCGCCCUCCUCUGUCUGGCCACAGCGUUGCACUCAGCCUACGCAACAAGCUGCGCAAACAGAAGAACGACUUUCUCAUCUACAAGGCCCAACGAGUGGAUACAGUCAUCUGCCAGCUCAACUGCUCCGGCCACGGCGAGUGUGACUCGUUCACACGGAAAUGUGUCUGUCACCCGUUCUGGAUGGAGAACUUCAUCAGAGCUCAACUCGGAGAUGCAGAAAGCAACUGUGAGUGGAGCGUACUCUAUGUGACUAUAGCUUCCUUUAUGAUUGUGGCCUCCAUAGCAACAGUUAUCUGGGGGAUGGUGUGUUGCUGCAACAGGCGAAAGAGUAAAGUGCGCAGAAGCAAAAGCAGAUACAAGAUACUAGAGGCUGACGAACAAGACAGUCUGGAGCUUCAACCACCAAGAGCUGCUCGUUUGAAGCCAGUUCCCGCUCCCACCUCAUCCGCUCUCAUGCACUCAGACUCUGACCUGGACAGCGACGACGGGCAGGGCGGGGUGCCGUGGACGGAGCAGGAGCGCGGGCACCUCCUGCGGCCCCAGAACGGCUCCUUAAGGAACGGCCAGGGCCCGGCCCGGGGCAAGAAGCAAAGAGAAGAGCUGCUAUAGCAAGAGAGGAGGGGGGGGCCGCUGCCCUCACACACCCCUCCUCCGGCUGUCACACCCCUCCACUCCUCACUCUUCCUCUUUCUCUUUGUUUGUUCUUCAACACAAACACCUCACACCUCUCAUCCAUGAAGACAGACUGUGUGAAACCUGGAUAUUUAAUAAGAGGGAGAGAGGAAAAACAUGCUGGAAACAUGUUGUCCCACUGUCACAGAAAACACACCACUAUACUGGAAUUACCCUGAUCCCGCACUGAGCCAAUAUGGAGGAGAGAAAACUACAGUUUCACUGAGUAGUAGGGGUGAGCACUGUGUUUUGAAUAGUAUAAAAAUAUUACAUAGACCCCUGUUAUUUAACACAGAGACAACAAGAAUGUACUGUUACCCCUCUUACUGUUAGAGACUGUGGGAGAGAAGACUUAGCCUGAGUGACACUUGAUUUUCUGGAUUUAAAAAAAAAAAAAAAGAAAAAGAAAACUGCUUCAAUGACACGAAAACCAGCCACUGACACACUCACACCUUGCCUCUUGUAGACACGCAUGUACGCGCACAAACACGUCAUAUACACACUGUUCCAGGUCGACCUGAUGCUACCAAACACUGCCAUGUUAAAAACCAAUGGUUCUUUCUGCUCUGAGGAUUUUGUUAUGUGAGGGGGGGGGCAGGGGGAGACAACCAAAACAGCUACCAUCAGCAAUGGACAGUCCUCAUAAACAAAACAAAACAACAACAACAAAAAAAAUGCAUGAAGAGUCAGAUUGCAGUUCUGGUACGAUACUGGAACGACCGCCUGCAUGUUUGUGUGUUGGGUGUAUGUGUGGAUUUUUCUGGCUGUUGUGCCAAAAGAUGUUUGUUCAGAGCAGUUUGUAUGUUUUUUUUCUAUGUCUGUUAUCAACCCAUGGGAUGAGUCACUUUGUUGUCAGUUAUGGCAGUCAGAGGCAGGAGAUCUUUUAAGCACCGUGCUUUUAUUCUGAAAGGUUCUCUGUGGAUUAAACCGCUUGAACACACACACACACUGGAAUACACAACAUUAAUGAGUUUUGUCUCAAAGGGGGAGAUAAUGAGGAGGAAGGAUGGUCAGGACUCUGCUUCCUCCAUCCUCAACAUGCAUUAACAUAACUGCUUGAACCAUGAAGACCACUUUAGUUUUUGUUUGUUUGUUUUUCCACAAACAACCUUUAUGCUGUGAUUAGGCGUCGAUGCACUUUGAUUUCGCGGUCUCAGUUCGUGUCGUCGGUUGAAAAGGGCGAUCUGUGACCGUUAAAGUCAGAACUUCACCCAUAAGCAUGGGAUGUUGCUUCAUUCAGCGUAGGAAAAAACUCAAUUUCCUUGACUUUAAAGAUCAAAAUAAAGGGAUGCAUUUUAGCAAACUCAUGUCCAGAGGCACCUCAGUAACUGUUACACACCUGUAGGCUUGAGUCUUUGUUUCUGUUGGUAAAUAAUCACUAGUUUAACCAAAACUGCCCAAAAAAACACAAGAAAAUCAGUAUGAGACAAAAAUCCAACAUUAAAUCAGGCAUCACUAAACCUUCAUUAAUGAUAGAAGUGAGUUGUGUGUCCAGAACGACCUCAAACUGCUAAAUCCUGAAAACAAAUUAUUCACUCCCACAAACAGGAAAAGAUCAGAGGGUUAAUCUGAGGGAUGUUUGCCUCUUCUGAGAGGAGAUUGCCAUAAAUAUACGAGUAACAGGACACAGCUAAAUCUGCUGCAUCUGUUUCCUUCUGCACAUCAGUCGUAAUCAGAGGUGUUUUCUGGGCUGAGGGAAAAACUUAAAACCAAACGGCUCUUCCCUGUAACAUCUCAGUGUGCGAUCACGUCUGCAUGCAGAGUGUGAAACUGAUCUGAGAGUCCACAUUUUUGAGGCACUUUCUUUUUUUGUUUGUUUUUCUUUGGUUGUUGAAUGUUAAAAGGGUACGCUGUUGAUUCAGUUCAGCUGGUGCUCUGUGUGAAAUAAGCAAUCAUUUUCAUAUAUAUAUAUAUAUAUAUAUAUAUAUAUAUAUAUAUAUAUAUAUAUAUAUGUUGCAAAAAGAAAGUCAGUUUCUUUCUGUUAAGUCAUCUCAUGCUGAUGUCAGUUCUGCUGCACUAGUUUGGUCUCAGAGCAUCCAGUGCACAUCAGGCCAGGGUGGAGAUGUUUGUUUUUGUUUUUCUUUCUUGUCAACGGCCAUUUUUGCCAACUUAUUUAAGGCAAACUAAAAUCAAGUGCACCCAAGUGCCAGCUCUGUAAAAUGUUAUCGUUUGAACACUUUAAAAUAAUGUCAUAUUCUUCCCAUAUUUAUUUAUUUUUUUUGCACAUCAUAGGAAAUGGCUUCUGGCGUCAUUGCCAAGAUUUGAUGUUGAUUCACUCACAGUUAAAAAGAAACAAAACCUUUCAAGGUGUUUUUAUACCUAUUUAACUACAAAAAUCAGUUUCUUCUGUUACAUGUGCAACAUUUGGGAUUUAAGGAAGUGAAUUGACGUCGAGUCUGAUGGAGUCCACUGUGAAGGCAGACAGAGGAAGAGGAAACAGUUUAAAUGAAGGGAGUUUAAUUUCAAAAUGGUUUUAGUGAAGGAUUCCCUCCUUCUUUCUUUCUUUCUUUCUUUCUUUCUUUCUGUGUGACCAGAUCUGAUGCAACUGGAUAAUCUGUAAAUGAAAAAUAAAAUGUUUCAGUUUGUUCUUGA